CCGGGCGGCCGCAGGCUGAGGCGGCGGAGCGGGGCGGGCCUCCGGACGCAGCCCGGGGACGAGGAGGGGGCGUGGCUCCCGGCAGUAGCCUACAGUCAGGAUGAAUAGUGAUCAAGUUGCACUGGUCGGUCAAGUGUUCGAGUCCUAUGUUUCAGAACACCACAAGAAUGAUAUUCUCCUCAUCCUAAAGGAGAGAGAUGAAGAUGCUCAUUAUUCUGUUGUAGUGAAUGCCAUGACUCUUUUUGAGACCAACAUGGAAAUUGGGGACUAUUUCACUGUGUUCCCCAAUGAAGUACUAACUGUUUUUGAUAAUGCACUCCGAAGGUCUGCCUUGACAAUUUUGCAGUCUCUUUCUCAGCCCGAGGGUGCUUCCAUGAAGCAGAAUCUUCAUGCCAGGAUAUCAGGUUUGCCUGUCUGUCCUGAGCUGGUGAGAGAGCAUAUCCCUAAAACCAAGGAUGUGGGACAUUUUUUAUCUGUCACUGGGACCGUGAUUCGAACAAGUCUGGUGAAGGUCCUGGAGUUUGAACGGGAUUACAUGUGUAACAAAUGCAAGCAUGUAUUUGCAGUCAGUGCUGACUUUGAGCAGUAUUAUACAUUCUGCCGACCAUCCUCCUGUCCCAGCUUGGAGAGCUGUGAUUCCUCAAAGUUUACUUGCCUCUCAGGCUUGUCUUCAUCUCCAACCAGGUGUAGAGAUUACCAGGAAAUCAAAAUUCAGGAACAGGUUCAAAAGCUGUCUGUUGGAAGUAUUCCAAGAUCUAUGAAGGUUAUCCUGGAAGAUGACUUAGUAGACAGUUGCAAAUCUGGUGAUGACCUCACUAUUUAUGGGGUCGUAAUGCAACGUUGGAAGCCCUUUCAACAAGAUGUGCGCUGUGAAGUGGAGAUAGUCUUGAAAGCCAAUUAUGUCCAAGUAAAUAAUGAGCAGUCCUCGGGGGUUAUCAUGGAUGAGGAGGUUCGGAAAGAAUUUGAAGAUUUUUGGGAAUUCUAUAAGAGUGAUCCUUUUGCAGGAAGGAAUGAAAUACUGGCCAGUUUGUGCCCUCAGGUGUUUGGGAUGUAUCUAGUAAAGCUUGCUGUGGCCCUGGUCCUCGCUGGUGGGAUUCAAAGGACUGAUGCUACAGGAACACGGGUCAGAGGUGAAGCUCAUCUUUUAUUGGUUGGGGAUCCCGGGACAGGGAAAUCUCAGUUCCUCAAAUACGCAGCAAAGAUUACACCAAGAUCUGUGCUGACCACAGGAAUCGGAUCUACUAGUGCAGGUCUGACUGUAACUGCUGUAAAAGACUCCGGAGAAUGGAAUUUGGAGGCAGGGGCGUUGGUGCUUGCAGAUGCUGGCCUUUGCUGUAUCGAUGAAUUUAAUAGCCUCAAAGAGCAUGACAGAACCAGUAUCCACGAAGCAAUGGAGCAACAAACCAUAAGUGUUGCUAAGGCUGGCCUCGUGUGCAAGCUGAACACAAGGACUACCAUCUUGGCAGCAACCAACCCUAAAGGCCAGUACGACCCGCAGGAGUCCGUGUCUGUGAACAUCGCCCUUGGCAGCCCUCUAUUAAGUCGAUUUGACCUGAUCCUGGUUUUGCUUGAUACUAAGAAUGAAGACUGGGAUAAUAUAAUUUCCUCCUUUAUCUUAGAAAAUAAAGGUUACCCAAGCAAAUCAGAGAAGCUCUGGAGCAUGGAAAAGAUGAAAACCUACUUCUGCCUCAUUAGGAAGCUACAGCCCUCACUGUCUGACGUGGGCAAUCAAGUCCUUCUGCGCUACUACCAGAUGCAAAGGCAGAGUGACUGCCGGAAUGCUGCACGGACAACCAUCCGUCUGUUGGAGAGCUUGAUACGAUUAGCAGAAGCUCAUGCCCGCCUAAUGUUUCGUGACACUGUGACUCUGGAAGAUGCUAUUACAGCGGUUUCAGUAAUGGAAUCCUCAAUGCAGGGAGGAGCACUGCUAGGAGGUGUGAAUGCUCUCCACACUUCCUUUCCUGAAAACCCUCGGGAGCAGUACCAGAGGCAGUGUGAACUUAUUCUGGAAAAGCUAGAGCUGCAGAGCCUCUUGCGUGAAGAGCUUAGGAGACUUGAAAGGCAGUGCUGCUCUGGAUGCCUUAAAAUGGCAGGGAAUCCUGAGCCACAGUGGGAAGGAAGAGCGGCCUCAUCUCUCCUUCACCUUAGACUGAAAGCUGAGGAAGAUCACAGGGAGGAGGCUGGGCCUGGACCAAGGCUCUCCAAGUCUUACCGUACAAGGAGAUAUUUCAGUCUGUGAAGGAACCAACCAUUUGAGUGCCCUGUGUUGGGCCAUGGAAGAAAACUAACCAAGAAGGGGCUAUGCCUUCCCCAAAGAAAUGAUUAUUCCAUCCAGCCAUCCCAGUGUGGGAAUGAGUUGCCUGAGAAUGGAGGAGGACCAAGACCAUUUUUUCCCGAGAUUCAACGCCAAGGGAGGAAGAUGUCUGGGUGUGAUUUUUGAUGCAGGGUAAUCAAGCCCCUCUGUGUAUAUGCCUGAUAGACGUUUCUUUUAUUGCUCCCUUGCUCUGUGCACCUGACCCUUAGGUGCACCUUCUAGCAGUGGUGCCUGUAAGUUACUCUUUAUGCUGCAUGUCUAUUUAUCCCCACGACCGCUGAUCUUUGCUGGGCCAUGUGGGCUGAAGGGAGGAGCCUGACGCCUUGCUCCAGGUUCUAGUUGCAGGAGUACCAGAGCAUCCUGGAGAAGCCAGAUUCUUGAUAUGGACUGGAGAUUUCCUGGAGCUGCAGAAAGUCCGGGUUCUAACAGAUAGCGCACCUUCUUCCAAGAUGCCCAGGAACCACUUGAGAGGCGAAUCCAACAGGAAAGUGGGCUUCCUGUGAUUCAUAAACAGAGGGAGACUUUAUAUGCUGUUUUUCAGUCACAAUCUGGUGCAAUCUGGGGAUCUAUCAGUCACAUCUAAUUGGGAAUACUGAGAGAAGUUGUCUCUCUUGUUUAUGACAUUCCUAAGUUUUUUUUAACUAUCAUAAGCAGCACCACAGCUAUGCCAGACAUUUCUCAGGAAAAAGGCAUUCUAAAAGCUAAUGGCAUACUUUAUUUACUAGGAUAAAGGAGAUUGAUAAGCAAACUAAUUCUUGUAACAGAAAUUUCCUCUUCCCCAAUCAUACAAAGAGUUAGUGCCAGUUGCUAAUGCCACUGUAGCAAAGUAUCAGAAAUUUGGUGCUUUAAAACAAUGGAAGUAUAUAAUCUCACAUUUCUAAGGGCCAGGACUCUGCCAUCAGUUCCACUGAAAUAAACAUGUGCUGUGUUACACUGUCUCUGGAGUCUGCCCUAGAGACUCCACUCUGCUUCUUCCAGCUUUCAGUGUCUAUUGGCAUUCUUUGGCUUGGAGCUGCAUCACUCCAAUUUCUACCUCUGUGGUCACAUUGUCUUGCCCUCUUCUGUGUGUCUAAUCUCUCUCUGUUAUUCAUUCAUAAGGACUUUUCUGACUGUAUGUAUGACAUUGCUGGGUAAUGCAGGACAUGUUUGCCAUCUUCUAAUCCUUUACUUAAUCACAAAGACCCUUUCUCUAUAGAAGGGAAUAUUUGCAGAUUCCAGAGAUUAGGAUCUGAUAUCUUUGGGAGCCACUAUUCGUUCUGCUACAAUUAUUGUUUAAAUAAUACCCCAAACUUGAUUAAAUCAAUAUAAUAGCAAUGGAAAAAACAUUGAAUUAAAAGGGAAAUUCAGUUCCCAAUGAGGUAAUGACCAGUCUGCAUGCACACACACACUCACACACACACACACUCACACACACAUGCAUGCCCAAAUUUGUGUAUCAGCGAAAGUAUUUUCAAUUGCAUCUUUAGUUUCACUGUGGACAAAGGUCACAUUUAUAAAAAACAAAAUAAUUAAAACACAUAUGUCAGGGCAUUCAAAAUGACAAAAAAGAGAGGUUGAGUUCUAUGUAGAGAGAGAUUUAUUUAUAAACAAAAUAUUUUAAAUAUUCAGUAAUAAAAAUGGCUUUUUAAAGUAAAUACAAAUUAAAGAAUUAUUUGAAUAGAUAGCCUGAGAGGUACGAUAUUGAAUUUGAAUGUGUUUCUACAAAAUUAUAAUUUCACUCCAAUGCUUCCUUCUAAAUCACAUGAGGUAUUAAGAAAUAUUGUGAGAUAUAAUAUUCAACAUGUAUAUAACAGCUUAUAGUUUACAAAGCUCUUGACAUACCUAAUUCCAUUUGAUUUUCACUAUCCCCGAUAAAACAGUCAGGAGGAGUAUUAUUACCUCUGUUUUCAGAUGAACAAAUAGAUUAAGAGAGGGUUGAUGAUUUUCUCAAAUAAUUGUCUGACCUUAAUAAGGAUGGAGGCUUUCUGCUUCUCAAUUCAGUGUACUUUUGGAUAUGCUAGUAUUACAUUCAAGAUAAGACUAAUAGUUUAAUCAUUAAUUAAGAAACUUAUAAAUUUACAUUUGAGAGAGAAUUCUGGGCUGAUAUGCUGUUUGUCCUGCUGAAGCCCCAGCACUUACUCUGUCAGUCUGGCUCCUCCAUAGUUGUCUGGUCUACCUCUAAGUUGGCCCCAAACUUAGACUAAAUUGGGGAUAUUUCUGACAUACAAACAUAUUGGCAGCAAUACCAGCAAUCUGGUUUUUAUUUUGGCUUUGUAAUUUAGUCUAAUGAGCAUAUCUUGGAACCUAACUUUUACUCAAUCAAAUAGUAUUAAUUAUUCCAAAAUAUGUAUGAUAUUGUGUGGGUGUUGUGGAGAAUCCCAGAAAAGUAUCUGUCAUCCAUCAUGAUACCGUCCAUCUGUCCAUCCAGCUAUCCAUCCAUCUGUCCAUCCAACCUAACCAUUCAUCCAUUCAUUUUAUUGAUUUGGUAGUAGUCACCUCUGAUGGCUAGGCACUGGAAUCAAAUAUGAAUGAAAUAUGAUUACUGUUAUUAAGAUGCUCACAGUCCAAAAAUAUGGACAGAUAUAUUAACAAAUCCAUAAAAUAAGAUGUGAUAGAUCUAAUAUUGGAGCUUUAUGUGAAGUAUUCCUGGGAUUAGGAAAGCAUUAUUUUAAGAACUUUUUAAAGAUAGCUUUAAGAGGGCCAGUGCCAUGGCUUAACAGGCUAAUCCUCCGCCUUGUGGCGCCAGCACACCGGGUUCUAGUCCCGGUUGAAGCGCCGGAUUUUGUCCCGGUUGCCCCUCUUCCAGGCCAGCUCUCUGCUAUGGCCCGGGAAGGCAGUGGAGGAUGGCCCAAGUCCUUGGGCCCUGCACCCGCAUGGGAGACCAGGAGAAGCACCUGGCUCCUGCCUUCGGAUCAGCGUGAUGCGCCAGCCACAGCGGCCAUUGGAGGGUGAACCAACGGCAAAGGAAGACCUUUCUCUCUGUCUCUCUCUCUCUCACUAUCCACUCUGCCUGUAAAAAAAAAAAAAAAAUAGCUUUAAGACCAAGUGAAGAGACAUGCAUUUGGCAUAGUAAUUGAGACAUCACUUGGGAUGCCCACACCCCUUAUCAGAGUGCCUGUCUCUCUCUCUCUCUCUGCCUUAAAUAGUUUGUAUAAUAUGAAAUUUGAUAGAUGUUUUACAUUAAUAAUUGAAAUCAAUUAUCUGGACUAUUUUAACUAUUAUAUUCUUGCUAGAUUAUAUUAUAUGUGCAAUACAAUGACUUAGAUGUGUUUCAGUAGCAAUUUUCUUUUUGAACAUUCUUGAAAUGUUUUUCUAGUGGGAUAAUUUGAGUAAUGAUUAUUACUAAUAUAUGAUCUCUGUCACUUUAAAACUCUCAGAAAUGUUAAAUUUCCAAAGAUUUUUGCAUCCCUAUGAAAUAUAGCAUCAACUUUAAAAAUAAAUUUUCUGGAAUUUUGAAGAAGACAAAAU